AUGGGAAAGAAAAAGCGCGGCCAUCCCGACCUUGAGGAAGUCCUCAGUCGGCCCUGGUGCUACUACUGCGAACGCGACUUUGACGAUCUCAAGAUCCUCAUCUCGCAUCAGAAAGCAAAACAUUUCAAAUGCGAUCGCUGUGGAAGGAGGUUAAAUACUGCUGGUGGUUUAUCCGUUCACAUGAGCCAAGUCCACAAGGAACAACUGUCGGCCGUUGACAAUGCGCUGCCUAACCGGUCAAGUUUGGAUAUUGAGAUUUUUGGAAUGGAAGGCGUCCCGGAGGAUGUCCUGCAGGCUCAUAAUCAGCGAGUCAUCACUCAGUACCAUCAGGCUGAGGCGGAACGACGUGCGGUGACCGGGAACCCUGCUCCGGGAAUGCCAUCUGGCGCUCAAACGAAAAAGCCAAAGCUCGAAAGUGCGUCGGAUCUGAAGAAGCGGUUGGCUGAGCAUAAAGCGAAGUUGGCGGAGAAGGCGGCGGGGACUAGUAGCGGGGGUGCCACGCCUGUGAGUACUGAUCAGGGCUUGCAUGCCGGAAGUUCAUAUGCAACUCCGCAAUAUCCGACCCCCACGAACGGCUCUGCUCAGCAGUACCCUUACCCGCAACAGUUUGGGCAGCCUGCUGCUUAUCAACAACCGCCACAAACAUAUCAGAAACAGCCAGAAUAUCCGUCUCCUGGAUACCAGCAGCUUCCGAUCAUCGGACAGCAGUACCCCGCCCAGUAUUCAUCGCCCGCCAUGUCCCCGUCACAGUACCAGCCCGCACUUGCCCCGCAAAACCCUGUCGUUUCCACCACUCCUCCUUUGCCCUUCCAACAACAGCCGCCACACAUGGGAGCCCAUACACCUCCACAAGCAGCAAUCUCAAUGCCCCCUCGACCACCAAGUCUCCCUGCCGCUCCUGGUCUCCCUCAGAGACCAAGCUUCUCCCCACCGCAAGUUAAUUCAUGGCAAUUGCAGCAGAUGCACCAUGGACAAAUGCCCAUUCCGCCACCCCAUGCGCCUCAAGUUCCAGGCACUGAAGCCGGAGUGGAAAACGCCGCGACCGCAGCUGAUCGGUUGAUAUCUGAGGAGUCCAAGCGGGCCGACGAGCUAGCUCAGAAGCCUACCCCGACACCGGCACCGGAAGAGGCACCGGAAGGGAAGCCUGCCAAAAAGGAAAAAGCGAAAGCUUCGAGAUUGGUGUAUUCUGACAGUGCAGUCAGCCCAGAGGAAAAGAUGGCGAAAUUGCCUAGGUACGCAUUUGUUCCCGAACGCAGAGAAGAGACAGUGCUUCGAGAUGCAACUACUGGCGCAGUUGCGAGACCCGUUGAUGCGUCGGAUGAAAUUGUAAAUCCUCCAGAGUAG